CACACGAGCUUUCCAGGCAGCGACCGAAUGUAGGCUAUUGGGCUUUGAGAAAUGAAGAUAAAAGUUUUUCAUUUUAUUCCACCUCAAAAAUUUCUUAAAAAACAUUUAAAAUCUUUCAAAUUGAUUUUUAAAAUGCCUAACAUUUUCGGAAUUUGGAUAAUUUGCGCUUUUUACUCAUCAAGAGUUUUUACAUUAAACGGGACAGGAAGGCAUUAGGAAAAACUUUUCUUUAGGAUUCCUGAGCCAGCGCUGCCUGGGAAAAGUGAGGGAGUUUCUGAGGGAGUUUCUGGAUACAGUUUCCAAACGAGGCUCCACCGAAACGUUUUCUGCGGUCGUUCCCUAGGAGUGCACCAGAUCUGCUCGGGCUUUAAGUGGAUAUACCGUGGGUGGUGGCGUGAAUGCUCUGUGUUGCCCCUUGUUGGCAUUGAGGGAUGCCAGCAUGCCCUCGCUGAUUCUUUCCCAUCUGCUCCUAAUCUGGCUCGCGCUCCAGCGACUGGCUCUGUGCGUCGAGCGCGCGUCCACUCGCGAGCGCUUCAAAGUGGUUAUCGCGCCGCUCAUCUGCAAACGGACAUGCAUGAAGGGCCAGUGUCAGGACACCUGCGAACAGGGCAACAAUACGACCCUCAUCGGGGAAAACGGCCAGUCCGCGGAUAUUCUGACCGGGCCUGGCUUCAGAGUCGUGGUAUGUCCUCUCACCUGUAUGAAUGGGGGAAUGUGCAGCGCUCGCACACACUGUCUCUGCCCACCGGGCUUCACUGGACGCCUCUGCCAAUUCCCACUCCGAACACAAGCUUCUCGUGGAAACAAGCAGCCUUUCUACACCGUACAGUCCCAGGGUCUGUCUGAUCAGGGCAGCACAGGUGGACGACAGCAGCUGACACAUACUCACUCUGUGUUCACUCUGCCUCUGUCACAAGGUGCUGGCCAUCACUCAUCUGAAGUGCAGGUCAAUGUACGUGUUCUCCAUACACCAGACACUUCCGUUGUCAUUCAUCCCCUUGACCAAUCAGAGAACAAGCCUCACAGUCCCAAGACUGUGACCCGCCUUUCUCCUCAGCCACAUAAGCCGAAGGGGAGGUGCUUCCAGGAAACCACACCCAAACAGGCUUGUAGUAGUAACCCUCUUCCUGGUCUUACCAAUCAGGAAGACUGCUGUGGCAGUGUGGGUAAUUCAUGGGGACAAAAUAAAUGUUACAAGUGUCCUUUACUACCCUACGCUGGGAAACACCAGACUAUAGUAGAAGACUUUGGCUCCACGUGCCCUCAGGGAUAUAAGAGACUCAACAUCACUCAUUGUCAAGACAUAAAUGAAUGUAUGAUGCAGGGACUGUGUCAGAAUGGAGAAUGUUUAAAUACGCAAGGAAGUUUCCGCUGCACCUGCAAACUUGGAUAUGUACUGAUAGAAAGGACGCGGUGUGUAGCACCAUCUGUUGAGCAGGGCCCCUGUUUCCGAAUGGUUACUGAAGCAGGGAAAUGUGAACAUGUUCUUCCAACACGUCUUUCCCAGGAGAUCUGCUGCUGCACUGUGGGUAAAGCAUGGGGUAGCAACUGUGAGAGGUGUCCACAGGACGGCACAGCUUCCUUUAAUAAGAUCUGUCCAGCAGGAAAAGGGAUGUCUGUCCUGACCUAUCGUAGCACACUGUCCAUUCAGCCCUUUCAGACCAGUUUUGAACACAAUCCCAAUCCUAAAAAUGAGUUCAAGCCUCCGGAAGUGCCUGUCCAGACGACCACACAUCUCUCACCAAUCAGCACGCAUGGUCCUCGCAUCCCAGUCAUAGUGGCCAAGCCGACCCUUCCUCCCUAUGUUUGGGUUCCACCAGAGAGUGAUACCCCCAAAGUACCAUUGGAACACCCACCGACGGCAGUCUCGCCGAUCGAUGAGUGCAAGCUAAGCAGGAAUAUAUGUGGUCAGGGAGAGUGUGUGAACACACCAAAUGGCUUUUCUUGUCACUGUCAUGCUGGAUACCAACCACAUGCACAGAGAAAGAGUUGUGUGGAUGAAAAUGAAUGUGAUUCUGAACCAUGUGGCAGAGGCAUCUGCAUUAACACUGUGGGCUCCUACCGAUGCAACUGUUACAAUGGUUUCAAACUUGUGGUGCAAAAUGGAAAACGCAGAUGUAUCGAUAUAAAUGAGUGUUCUAAACCUGAUAUCUGUGGAAUUGGAGGGCAGUGCAUUAAUUUGCAUGGGUCCUAUAAGUGUGAGUGUCUGCCUGGCUUCAAAAGCAAAUCCCGCAGACAACCUUCCUGCGAAGAUAUUAAUGAAUGUUUGGAUCCUCAUACCUGUCCUGAUGAACAGUGUGAGAAUACUGUUGGAUCCUAUGAGUGCAUACCCUGCCAACCUGGAUACCAUGCACAAGGAGGAGUUUGUUACGACAUCAAUGAGUGUCAGAAGCGUGGUGUGUGUCUCAACGGCAGAUGUGAGAACUUGCAGGGAUCACAUCGGUGUCUCUGUAAUGAAGGCUUCCUGCCGGAGGCUGACAGCAAAGGAUGCAGAGACAUUAAUGAGUGUCUGGAUAACCGUCUGUGUGCUAAUGGUCAAUGCAUUAACACUGAGGGAUCAUUCCGGUGUCAGUGUUUCUCUGGUUACCAGCCUACACAAGAGGGAAGCCACUGUGAAGAUAUCAAUGAGUGUGAGCGUGCCUCUAACUGCCAGCGAGGACGCUGUAUCAACACAAUGGGCUCAUACCGCUGCGAGUGCCAGAAAGGUUAUAUGCUGGUCAGUGGACGCCGGUGCCAAGACAUAGAUGAGUGUUCUGUGGACAGGAGCCUGUGUCAGCCUCAUGGUGUAUGUGAAAACAGACAGGGCGGAUAUGUUUGUGUUUGCAAUGAUGGUUACAUGUUGUCUGAAGACAAACACAGCUGUGAGGAGGUUAUGGUGGAUCUGAACAAUAAGAAGGAAUGCUAUCUUAAUCUGGAUGACACUGUGUUCUGUGACAGCGUCCUGGCAACCAAUGUUUCUAAGCAGGAGUGCUGCUGUUCUAUCGGUGUGGGAUGGGGGGAUCACUGUGAGAUCUACCCCUGUCCUGUCUACCACUCAGCGGAGUAUCACUCUCUUUGUCCAAUCGGCAGAGGAUUUUACCAUGAGGAGGGAAAGAUAGAAUAUGGAUUACCAGCGCACAGAGAUAUUGAUGAGUGUGUGUUGUUUUCAAAUGAGAUCUGUAAGGAGGGACGCUGUAUGAACACACAGCCAGGCUUUGAAUGCUACUGCCAACAGGGAUUCUACUAUGACGGCAAUCUGCUGGAAUGUAUUGAUGUGGAUGAAUGUCAUGAUGAAUCACUGUGUACAAAUGGUCACUGUGUGAACACUCGAGGCUCAUUCUACUGCACUUGCAACCCACCCUGGGUUCCUGACGCUACUAACAAAAACUGUGUCUUUCCCACAGUCACAGAUGUGGAUGAGUGUCAAGACCCUGCAAAUUGCAAAAACGGCCACUGUGUAAAUACACAAGAUUCCUAUUAUUGCAUCUGUACAUCGCCCUGGAUUUUGGCAACCGACCGCAAUGGUUGUGUCACACCUGAGGAACAGGCGGUAACGGGUGUGUCUGUGGUGCACCUUUCAGAUGUGAAUGAGUGUGAGGAUCCCUCCUACUGUAGGAACGGGAAAUGUGUCAACACUCCCGGCUCCUUCCACUGCAUUUGCAAGCAGCCUCUUACCUUCAGUGCAGCCCUCAAGCAGUGCGUCUAUGAUGAUCGCACUGCAGCACAUAAGGACAUAUGUUUCCGGGAGGUUGAUGAGGAUCUCAUGUGUACUAUGCCUCGGAAUGAGCUGACGGUGACUUACUCUGAGUGCUGCUGUCACUAUGGUCGGGGCUGGGGCCCAGAGUGCCGUACCUGUCCAAACAGAAAUUCAGUACUUUUUAACAGACUGUGUGAGAUGCAUUUGGAGACUGAGUCUGACGGAGAGGGGGACUUUCUGGCGGCUUUCUCCAGCUACAACCCAGAGAGAGACAGUUCAGAAGAAGACUCAGAUGAGUGUAGCUGUGCUAAUGGUCGAUGUGUACGAUCUUAUCUGGGUACAAUGUGUGAGUGCAAUCCUGGGUUUGUUUUGGAUCACUCACGAACACGCUGUACAGAUAUCGAUGAAUGUGCAGGGCGAGGAUCAGGGCAGAGCCCCUGUAAGAAUGCACGCUGUAUUAACACCUUUGGGUCAUUUAGAUGUCACUGUAAACUUGGAUUUGUUGCUGCACGGCGACCCAAUGUGUGUAUACGGGCUAGGGCCCAAUAACAUCAACAUAGUUGAUGAAAAUAGACAUUCUAAUGUAUAUGUGUCAUGGUACUGCCCCAUCUUGUCUUGCUUUUCUUGAUCUUGUGGCAGAGCCAUGGCAGAACCUCUUGUUUCAUGUGGAGAGAGGCUUUUUGGCCCUUUUGGUUUGCCAUACUCUCUCCAAGUCUCGUCAUUGUUCCUGCCCUCUUGUUCCCUUGUUAGUGCUCGUUAUUAGUUCAUGCCCCGCACCUGUUACUUCUUGAUUUAUCCCCUUUAUAAUGCCCUUGUGUUUUCUGUCCUGGGCUGGUUCAUUGUGUGUGUGUCAUAUGUGGUGAGUUCCUGUCUUGUCAGUGUAGUUUAGUUAUUUUGUAUUUAAUUCAAGUGUUGUCUUAGUCUAGUUUAGUGUAGUUAGUCCGUGUUCUCCUUAUCUGUCAUGUUUAUUUUUACCCCCCACGUGGGUUUUUGUUUUGUUUAUUAUUUAUUAAAGUUUGUGUUAACACCUUACCCGCUGUCUGCACUUGGGUCCUCUGUCCGUGUCUCACCUCCCCGUCCAGCACUAACGAGGGAACAAGAGGGCAGGAACAAUGACGAGACCUGGAGAGAGUAUGGCAAGCCAAAAGGGCCAAAACGCCUCUCUCUACAUGAAACAAGACGUUCUAACAUGGCUCUGCCACAAAAUCAAGAAAAGCAAGACAAGAUGGGGCAGAACCAUGACAAUAUGGUAAUAUUCUUCCUCAGAUCUAGUAUAAACCAUCUACAAACAUUUACCCACAAGCACUCCAGAAUUUCAUGUUUCACUCUGACGUUAUCUGGUUAUCCUUAUCUUAUGAUGGAAAAUGAGAUUAUAGAAUCAUCAUUACUUUUCUUAAAUAUUAAUUGUCUUGUUUUUUUUUCAUGUUUAUCUCUUCUAUCAGUAAUAUGUUUGCACCAUUUGAAAAUGUUUGUUAUUGGAUGAGAAAUUGGCAUUGGAUGAAAUGUAUCUAGUUCUUUGCAAGUUUUAGCUAAUUUAAACAAAGCUCAGCAUUUUUGUAAAAUAGUGUUUUCUCAUCUGUUUUUCUCUUAUUUUAUUUUUUCUUUAAAAAAAACUUGUAAGGCUUAAAGUGAUGUUUUUAUUUUCGGAAUCACCUAUUUUGACAGAUUGAUAUCAACGAUGACCUGAUUUUUGUGUAACUUUUUUAAAUUGAUGUCUGUGUCUAUUUUCAUUUGUUGAUGGUGUUUUGUUUCCUUUGUACAUUAUUUUUCUUAUUUGAUAAUGCAACGUUUGUCAUCUUUCUUAGGUUGCAUGAAGCACAAGACAUUUAAAAACAUGGCAGUGAUGACUUUGGCUUUCUAAACCUUUUUUAAAGUGUUUAACUGAAACAGAAGUUUCUCCGAUACUAUUGCCUUCUGGAUGAGACACAACUGUGAGACGUGUUAUUUUUCACAGCAAGUUGGGGAGAUGCAGAAAAGACUAGAUAUAACUACACAGGUUCCCUACUAAAGCAGUAAGAAAAAGAUGCUGUUCACCAAAUAAAUGAAGAUAAAUGAAUAAUACAAAAUAGAAGUAAAAACUCAAUGUUGAUGUUCUAGAUGAAUGAACCUUUUUCUUAAUCUUUGUAUUUUCUUUUUUAAAUAAAUUAAAAGGAUACAAAACAAUGGGUGCUGCUUUGAGUAAUGAC